AUGUUCCGCGCGACGACCGCGCCCGCGCCGUCCGCCGCGGCAUCGCGGUGCGCUCACGCCGGGAGGGAGGAUGAACGACGGCGAUGCCGACAUCGCGCGUGGACUCGCGUCGCCCCGCGCGUCCCAACGCAGUCGGCGCGAGGGGGCGAUGAUUCUUCGGUGAGACUCGCUCACCGUCGCUCGCGCGUCGCCGCCGCCGCCUCGGCGUCGUCGUCUCGAGGCGGCGGCACCCCCGGCAGCUGGAACCUCGGCGUCGCGCAUUCCGCCGCGAACAAGAAGGACCAGCGCGACUACGUCGACGCCCUCUUCGCGCAGUACCCGCACCUCAUGGCAGCCGCCGAAGCCGACGACUGGAAAAAGACGCGAGAGUUGAUGGAUUCCGUGUACCUCCCCGCGCCGGACGCGUCGACCGCGAAGAUCCGCGACGCGCAGGUUCGCGCCGCCGCGCUCGCCGCGACCCGCGCGGGCAGCGCCAAGUCCCUGCGCCUGCUCCUGGACCGCGGCGCAUCCCUCGGGCUCUUCGAAGACGUAGGGUCCGAUGAUCCGGACGGGCGCUUACGAUGCACGAUGGGCAUCGAGUGCGCGGGGCGGGGCGCCGCCGAGGUGUUGGACGUGCUGCUGUCCGAGACCGUCGGCGUGAGCACGGAGUGCAGGGACCCGAGGAACGGGAUGACGGCGCUGAUGGCCGCCGCGAGGUUCGGCCACGUGGCGUGCAUCGCGGUGCUGGUGGACAGGGGCGCGGACGUCGACGCGAGGAGCGAUUUCGGAUCGGGCGCGAAUGGGGGCGGGUCAACCGCCGCGAUGAUGGCGGCGGAGAACGGGCACGCGGGGGCUCUGAACGCGCUGCGCGCGGCGGGUGCGGACGUGAACCUGACGCGCGAGGUGGACGGUAAGACGGCGAUGUCGCUGCACAGGGAGAAGGUGACGGCGGAGAUGAAGAAGCUAUCGAACAUGGGAUACGUCCAGGGAAGCGCCAUCGGCAACUACGCCACCGAGAUUUGAUCCUCUGGCUAAUAAGUUACCACCGCGAGCAAGUCAAGGGUUUUACGAUGGCACCACGAUAGUCUAACUUUUACCUCGGUACGUAAGAAGGGAUGUAUCAUAAAACGA